AGCACAUAAUAAUACCUAUUAAUAUUUAUUUGACCACAGAAGCACUUCUACUUUUUCGUAUAAAACCUUUGCCGAAUUCGCCCAGGCAAAACAGUGCCUAGAACCACUUCAAGCGGUUGGUUUACUUCGAGCUCAGAAUAGAGUCCCUCUCAUGGAUACGUUCAAACUGCUGUUAACCGUGGGAGUGUUUUUCUGGAUAUACUUACUAUGGAGUCGUCGCAGGCUCUAUAUGCUGCAACUGAAGCUCUCAGGACCCAUGGGAUUACCCGUUCUGGGCGUUGCCUGGGAGUAUCUGAUCACCUAUAAACGCAAAAUGAGCAUACGAACCAAGUAUAUGGAUAUUUACGGUUCCACGUGUAUCUUGUGGAUGGGACCCACGCCAUUGAUAAUCACACGGGAUCCAAAGAUUGCCGAGGAAAUCUUCAUGUCCCCAGAGUGCCUCAAUAGGAGCUCGCUACUUUCCAAACCGAUUUCCAGCUGUGCAGGCGAUGGGUUAUUGUCAUUACAGGGAUCCAAGUGGGUUGAACGUCGCAAGCACUUGAAUCCCACAUUCAGGCAAAAUGUUCUGCUGAGUUUUCUUCCCAUUUUCAACGCUGAAUCGAAAUCUUUGGUGGCCUUCCUGGACUCAUUUGUCGGUCAGGGUGAAAAGAAGGUCCUCGAUGAUAUAGUAAGAUGGUCGUUUAGAGUAGCCACUCAAACCACAGUAGGAACUGAUGUGAAGGAAGAAACGGCCUUCAAGAACGAUUCAGUUUUGAAAAGUUACGAGUCGCUUAUGAAAAUUAUCGUCAUGAAUAUUUUGUUGCCAUUCACUCACAACAAGAUAAUUUCAACACUGUGCGGAUUUGAAGCGCAGAAAACUUCGGCCAGGAUUAAUAUUUACAAAAUGAUAGCCACAAUCGUUGACCGCAAGUUAAUGUCAAAGCCCAAGAGUGGCUCACAGCCUGAAGUAAGCUCUUUGAUUAAGAAGUCCAUGGAACUCUAUCGGAAUGGAGAAUUGCCCGUGGAAGAGGUGCGAUCCGAGUGCUGCUCUAUGGUUGCCGCUGCCUUUGAGACAACCGGUGUCACGGUGUGUCACGCCCUCACCCUGCUGGCCAUGUUCCCGGAGCACCAGGACACGAUCUACCAGGAGCUGAAGGAGCUGUUUCCCAUGGCCGGCGACUUUGAGGUGACGUACGACGAUUUGCAAAGAAUGGUGUAUCUGGAGCGCGUGUUAAACGAAACCCUGCGAUUGAUACCUUCUGUUCCAUUUACACCGAGAGAAACACUACAGGAUUUCCGGCUGUCCACUGGAGUGGUCAUUCCAAAGGGAGUCGCAAUUGGUGUCGAUAUAUUUGCCACCCAUCGCAACCGGGAUCAUUGGGGUCCCGAUCCAUCGAUGUUCAACCCAGAUCACUUUCUGCCCGACAAUGUGCGCGAUAGGCACCCUUACGCUUACAUUCCCUUUUCGAAGGGAAGGCGAAAUUGUAUAGGUUGGAAAUAUGGAUUGAUGUCAUCCAAGCUUGCCUUGUCUAAGAUACUUAGGAACUACAAAGUGAGCACUUCUUAUCGAUACGGAGAUCUCGAAUUCGUUGACAACAUGGGAAUGAAACUGGCUCAGUUGCCUGGACUAGAAUUUCAUCGGCGGACUUAGGAACACUUGGGAACACUUUACACUUCAGUAUUUUGCAUCAGAAUUUCCUAGAUAUCGAUUCGAGGAACUGUUUUUAUGUGACUAUUUUGCUGUUACUCAGAUUUAUUUUAA